UCCCGACUCUAUAAAAUCCACUCUCCAUUUCUUCUCACAGUCACCAAAUCCUCUCUCUUGACUCUCAAUUCCCAAUGCUGUCUCUCUCUCUAUUUCCCUCUAUCAUGUUCAGCAGAGCCUCUCCAGCAAAUGGUAAUUCUGUUCUUGAAAACAAAAUGGUGAAACUAGGAUUGGGAAAAUCCACCGUUGAUGAAGAAGGAGAGCUCACACCCACAUCAGUCCCACUCUACAUCACUUACAAUGAACGGAUUAGGCCUCUGCUCGACGCCAUCGACAAACUACGCCAACUAAAGGUCAUGAAAGAAGGCAUUGAGCUACCCACCAUCGUCGUCGUCGGCGAUCAAUCCUCUGGUAAAUCCAGUGUUCUUGAGUCCCUCGCGGGCAUCAACCUCCCUCGUGGUCUCGGAAUCUGUACUCGGGUUCCUCUUAUAAUGCGUCUUCAACAACAUUCAUCAGCAGAAUCAGAGCUUCACUUGGAGUAUCUCAACCAAGUUGUUCAUACUGAUGAAGACCAUGUAGCCCAAGAUAUUGAAGAUGCUACAAUCGAGAUUGCUGGUACCAAUAAGGGUAUCUCCAAUACUCCUCUUUCUCUGGUUGUGAAGAAGAAGGGGAUCCCUGAUUUAACCAUGGUUGAUUUGCCUGGAAUCACUAGGGUUCCUGUUCGUGGGCAGCCUGAAGACAUCUACGAGCAGAUUUCAGAGAUAAUUAAGGAGCAUAUAACUCCAAAGGAGAGUAUCAUCCUCAAUGUCUUAUCGGCUACUGUGGAUUUCCCAACCUGCGAAUCGAUCAGAAUGUCGCAACGGGUCGACAAGUCUGGCCUGAGGACGUUGGCAGUGGUCACUAAGGCUGAUCAAGCUCCUGAAGGUCUGCUUGAGAAGGUGACUGCAGAUGAUGUGAAUAUUGGGCUUGGUUAUGUCUGUGUUAGGAAUCGAAUUGGCAAAGAAUCAUAUGAGGAAGCAAGAAAGGAGGAGGCAAGAUUGUUUCAAUCUCAUCCCCUGCUUUCUAAGAUUGACAAAUCAAUUGUGGGUAUCCCUGUUUUGGCUCAGAAGCUUGUGCAGAUCCAAGCUUCUAGUCUGGCUAAAUGCUUGCCAGACAUUGUGAAGAAGAUCAAUGAAAAGCUCAAUUUCAAUGUUUCUGAGCUUGACAAAUUGCCCAAACAUCUAUCUAAUGUGACGGAUGCAAUGACAGUUUUUAUGCAGAUUCUUGGGUCUACUAAAGAAUCUCUCAGGAAAAUUCUCAUUAGGGGUGAGUUUGAUGAGUACCCAGAUGAUAAGGAGAUGCAUUGCACAGCUCGAAUGGCGGAUAUGCUCAAUGUGUACUCCAAAGAUCUCCACCAAAAGAGCAGGGACCCUGCUGCAAAGUUCUUAAUGGAGGAAAUUAAGCUUUUGGAGGAAUCCGAAGGGAUUGAGCUUCCCAAUUUCCUCCCUCGAACGGCAUUUCUCAGCAUAUUACAGAGCAGAGUGAAGGAAAUUUCGAAUACUCCAGUUGAAUUUAUUGAGAAGAUCUGGUCUUACAUUGGGGCUGUGGUUGUUUUUGUGUUGAUGUUCCACUCCGAUGGCUACCCACAGCUUCAAUCUUUUAUGAGACGGGCUGUGCAGAAUCUGAUUGAGAAGAUGAAGGAACAAUCUGUCGAUCGAGUGACAGAGAUGGUGGAGAUGGAGAAGCUCACAGAUUAUACAUGUAGUCCAGAAUACAUGUCAAAAUGGAGCAAGCUCAUGGCACUACAACCGAGCUUCAAGAACGAAUUCAACAUAGAGUGGAAACCCAGUAAGGUGAAUAUUGAAGGCAUGGGUCAAGUUGAAGUUGAGCACCUAAGGGAGUACUAUCCAGCUUUAUUGGACCAGGCAUUCGACAUGAGAAUGAGAAUUACUGCUUAUUGGGAGACUGUGUUGCAGAGGUUGGUGGAUAGCUUGGCUCUUCAUCUUGUGUUCAAUGUUCAGAAGCUGGUGAACAAAGAGAUGGAGAAGGAGAUAGUGAUUGAGUUGAUGGGACCAAGUGGUGGUGGGAUUGAAAGGUUGCUAGAGGAAUCUCCUUCAAUUGCUACCAAGCGUGAGCGGCUCAACCAGAGUAUCAGAUUACUCAGGGAAUCCAAGAAGGUUGUAGGGAAUAUCAUGGAUAGGAUUGAUGCUCCCAAUGGCUUUGCUAAUCUGGGUCUAUGUUAUGAUCCUGUAUGAGUCAGUCACAUGGGGGCCUACUUCCCCUUCCCCUGUAGUAGCCGCAGAAGCCACAGCCGCCCACUGGGUUUGAUGAUCUGGGUCUAUGUUAUGAUCCUUAUCAGCCACAUGGGGGCCUACUUCCCCUUGCCCUACAGCCGUGGUUUUAUGUGGGUUGAUAUGUUAUUGGGUUCUCUCACUCUUGUAAGUCGAUUUAUGGGAUUGAGUUUUGAUUAUCCCUCCAUGUUCUCUCUCUUCUUAGGUGGUCUACUUGGGUAUAGGUGAUGGUCUACUUAGGUAUAAGUGAUGAUAUUGUCUGGUUUCGCAUUAUGAUAGUUUUAAUAUUCUUGUGCUUAGGGGAAGCUUUACUGUUUUGUUGAGUUCUAUGGAGUCUACUACUAUGUAUCCAUGUUUAUAAAAUAUUUGCAAGGGAAAAGUAGUUAAAGGUUUGGAUGGCCA